GAGCAACAACAGACUCAUUCACUGACUCAAAAACAGCCAUACAAACCCCAAGAGCAAGAAUGGACAGAGUCAAAUUCAACAGGGAAGUGAUGCAUAUUAAGGACCAGGGCUCCAGGCACUUGUCCCAGGACACAGUCAAAAACCUGAUCCACCAGUCUCAGGAGGCUAAGAAGCAAGCGUAUUGUCCUUACAGCAAAUUCAGAGUUGGAGCUGCUGUCCUGACACUUGACAACAGUGUGUUCACAGGUUGCAAUGUGGAGAACGCCUGCUACAAUCUGGGUGUGUGUGCUGAGAGGAAUGCCAUCUCGAAGGCAGUGUCUGAGGGUUACAAAACUUUCAAGGCUAUUGCAAUUGCCAGUGACUUGAAUGACCAGUUCAUCUCCCCAUGUGGUGGCUGUAGGCAGUUCAUGAGAGAGUUUGGAUCAAACUGGGAAGUGUAUCUGUCCAAGCCUGACGGCACAUGCCUGAAGGUGGCUGUGGACGAGCUGCUGCCACUCUCCUUCGGCCCUGAAGACCUUUCCAUGAAGAAAGUGUUUGAUAUUUCUAAUGAGUACUGAGGAAAAACACACACAACUGUUGGUUCUUUAAAUUGCCAUGAAAUGUACUGUGUUUAAACGCACAUGCCGAAUAUACAUACAUGUUUAGCAGUAGUUAUAUUUAUGGUCAAUAUUUGUUGUUGUAUUAUCUUCUGAUUGUAAUUUGUCAUAUUUAAAUUUACCCUAUGUACUGUAGCUUAGACAAUUCACUUAUUGAUUUACCUACAUUAACAUAUUGAAUGCUGUGUUGUUGUAGAUAAAAAUAUUUAUUAGUUUCAAGAAGCAUGGAGGAAAGUGACAUCAAAACAGGUCAAACUUAUCCACACAUUUUAAUAAAUAAACUGUUUUAAAAGGA